AUGGCGAGCGACGUUACCGAGCGCGCCGCCCUCAGUCCCGAGCAGCAAGACGCUCUCGACCAGUACAUGGGCGUGACCGCUCAAGAUGAACAGGCCGCUAUAGCUCUCCUCGGCAGGUCAGAAUGGAACAUCCAGAUUGCGAUAGCGAAAUACUUUGACGGCGAAGGACCAGACCCUCUUGCAGAGGCCCUCGCCGCGCAGCAAGCGCCGGCCUCGAGCGCGGCGGCCGCGGCAAGGGAGCCAGCACCCGAUGCGGCGCCCCGCAUUGUACCCCAGCGGGAUAGGAUCCAGCGGCCACACUUCCUCCUCACGCUCCUCUUCACUCCCUUCGCACUCGGGUAUCGGGUCGCCUCGGUAGGCAUCCGUUUAGCCCUGUACAUUCUCUCGUUUCUUCCCCGCCCUAUACGGCCAACCUUCCUCACGAGCGCCAUGGCCUCUGGGUUUCGCAGCACAUCGGGCCGUCGCAUGCUCCUGCCCGCCGAUACAGCCUCGCGGUUUAAGCGGGAAUUUGAGGAGGAGUACGGCCCCAACGAGCUCCCAUGGUUCGAGGGUGGCUUCGCUCAGGCCCAGGACCUCGCUAAGAAGGACCUCAAGUUUCUCCUUUUCGUUCUAGUGUCCCCCGAGCAUGACGAAACCGAGGCUUUCACCAGGAGACCCUGCUUUCGCCGGAAGCUUACCAAGUCUCGACCGAGAUUCGGCUUACGAGCGCUCCUUGCCGUGGACAGGGAGCGCGCCCGCGAGCGUCGUGAGGCCGCCGCCCGCGCCGCUGAGGAGGAGAAGCGAGCCGCGCAGGCGGCCGACGAUGCUGCGCGCACCGCCGCCCUCCGUGAGCAGUGGCGUCGCUGGCGGGCGAGCCGGGUCCGGCCAGAGCCUGAGGCGGGGACCAAGGGAUCGGUGCGCGUGGCCCUUAAGUUCUCCGACAGUGCAGAGGCGUACGAUGACGCGGAAGAGCCUGAGGGCUAUACCCACGAAUAUACCUUUGCGUUGGCAUCACUCAUGCCGAGAAAAGUAUACGGGGCCGGCGAUCCGGGGACUCUACGUGAGGUGAUUGGCGCAUCCAGCAACCUCAUCAUGGAAGAUCUCUGA